AUCAUGAACAAAAGCAGUUCGGCUUCGUCAUUGGGCCCUGGAGGCCUUGACCUAACCCAGGCCUUCUUCAGGCCCAUCAGCCGCGCAGCCCCGCCUUCCCCGACCAAGCGCCACAACAAAAUCUCCGUCAUUGGCGCCGGCAACGUCGGCAUGGCCAUAGCACAAACCAUAUUAACCCAAGACCUCGCCGACGAGCUUGUCCUCGUCGACGCCAAACCUGAAAAGCUACGUGGAGAGAUGCUGGACCUUCAACACGCAGCUGCCUUCUUACCCCGCACCAAAAUCCACGCCUCCGUGGACUACGCCGUCACCGUCGGAUCCGACCUCUGCAUUGUGACGGCCGGUGCGCGCCAGAACCCGGGUGAGUCCAGGCUGAACCUGCUGCAGAGGAACGUGGCUCUCUUUAGAAAUAUCAUACCUCCACUAGCUAAGUACUCUCCGGACACCAUAUUACUCAUCGUGUCCAAUCCGGUGGAUGUCCUGACUUACGUGGCGUGGAAGCUAUCCGGAUUUCCGAGCAACAGGGUUUUCGGGUCGGGUACGAAUCUCGACUCAUCUAGGUUUCGGUUCCUCAUGGCCGAUCACCUGGACGUUAACGCUCAGGAUGUGCAGGCUUACAUUGUUGGGGAGCACGGGGACAGCUCAGUGGCUUUGUGGUCAAGCAUUAGCGUCGGGGGAGUGCCGGUGUUGAGCUUCCUAGAGAAGCAGCAAAUAGCAUACGAGAAAGAGACACUGGAGAAGAUUCACAAAGCAGUUGUGGACUGUGCGUAUGAGGUGAUAAGCCUGAAAGGGUAUACUUCAUGGGCAAUUGGUUACUCAGUGGCAAACCUAGCCCGGAGCAUAAUCAGAGACCAGAGGAAGGUCCAACCUGUUUCAGUGCUUGCGAAUGGGUUCUACGGCGUUGGUGGCGGUGAUGUGUUCUUGAGCUUGCCUGCACAGCUCGGAAGGAGUGGAGUUCUGGGAGUGACCAAUGUGCAUUUGACUGAUGAGGAGGCACAGAAGCUAAGGGACUCGGCUCACACCAUUUUGGAGGUCCAAAGUCAGUUAAACUUGGGAAUAUGA